AUGUUUACGUUUGUUGUAACAAGCUAUGGCAAUGGUGGCAUGAAUGGCGGUGACGGUGGCGGCGGAAACGACUACGGCGGUGACGGCAAUGGUGAGGACGACUACGGAGGUGGUGGUCGUGGUGAUCGUGCUUAUGGAGGCCGUGGCGGUGGCGGCCGUGGAGGUGGCGGUCGUGGAGGUCGUGUUGGAAAUGAAGGCUAUGGCAAUGGUGGCGUGAAUGGCGGUGACGUUGGCGGCGGAUACGACAACGGCGGAAACGAUUAUGGCGGAGACGGCAACGGUGGAGACGACUACGGCGGUGACGGCAACGGUGAAGACGACUACGGAGGUGGUGGUCGUGGUGAUCGUGCUUAUGGAGGCCGUGGCGGUGGCGGCCGUGGAGGUGGCGGUCGUGGAGGCGGCGGCCCUGGAGGUCGUGUAGGAGGAGGG